ACCAUAUUAAUAAUCGCUGAUGCACAUGCAAAAACGUUACAUGGAGGAAUCCAACUUAUGCUUGAGUACCUGAGAUCAAAAUAUUGGAUUCUGAAAGUAAAGAAUUUAGUAAAAACGAAGAUACGUAAUUGCUUAAUAUGCGCCAAACAGAGAGCAUUAGUAAGAAACCAGCUGAUGGGAGACCUACCGACAGCCCGAGUCAACCCAGCCAGACCGUUCUAUAAUAGUGGCGUUGAUUUCGCGGGUCCUUAUCAAGCCACGAAAGCAAUACACUUAGAACUUGUCGGAGAUCUGACAUCAGAGGCAUACAUAGGUGCAUACAGGAGAUUCAUCUCAAGACGAGGCCGCUGCUCGCACCUAUGGAGUGACCAGGGAAGAAACUUUAUCGGCGCAGACAAGGAGUUAAAAACAGCAUUGAAGGAGGCUAAACUAGAUUUUGAAGGAGACAUAGCAGAGACGCUUGCCAAAGAUGGAACUCAAUGGCAUUUCAUUCCUGGAUAUAGCCCUCAUAUGGGAGGCUUAUGGGAGGCGGGCGUCAAGUCCAUGAAGUACCACAUGAAAAGAAUCCUGACCUCUCACCUCACGUUCGAAGAGAUGUCUACACUCCUGUGUCAGAUAGAAGCCUGUCUUAACUCUCGGCCCAUAUCUACAAUUGAAUCUGAGUCUGAAACAAUAACACUAACACCAGGCCAUUUCCUGAUCGGCGAAGCGCCUGUGACCGUUCCAAACCCAGACCUGAAGUCAGUGAAGGUUAGUCGACUGACACGUUGGCAACAUCUACAGAAACUCCUAUCAGACUUUUGGCAAAUAUGGCAGAGUGAAUACCUCGCACGAUUACAACAAAGACCAAAAUGGCUAAAGAAAGUACAGGAAUUUGAGAAUGGACAAAUUGUACUUAUAAAAACAGAAAACCUGCCACCCGGCAAAUGGAGUCUCGGCCGUAUCGUGGACAAGCACCCGGGCGCUGACGGAGUCACCAGAGUGUACAGUGUGAAGAGUGGUAACAGUGUAGUGCAAAGACCUAUGAAUAAAUUGUGUUACUUACCUAUAGACACUGCCACUUAAUUAUUUAAUAUUUUCAGUAGCUUUGUUUACCUAACUAAUUCUAAAUGAAAUAAGUUGCAUGAUCAAAUACUUAAGUUAAAAUGUUCUUAUUACCUAACGUUAGUUAUUGAAAAAUUUAGUAUUUACUUAAUCAACCUUUAAGAUACAGUCCACAGAGUUAAAAUUCAGUUUAAAUAAAAAUGCAUUGUAAUUUGUAAGUAAAAAAGUAUGUAUUCAGUCGAGUAAAGGAUCUAUCAUAUCAAUUCUAUCUAUUUAAGGCCAUUAGCAUUGUAUAAUCACUUUUUUAAAAGGGCCUUUAAUAAAUGCCCUUUGGGGGGCGGUAUGUUGAGUUCAUUUUCUAGUAGCAAAUAAACCAUCAGUAAGAACGCA